GUGUUUGGUGUUGACGGAGAUGAAGUGAAGUCAGUGUCAGUGAUGGAGGGAGAUUCUGUUACUCUUCACACUGAUUUUACUGACAUACAGAGUCGUGAUCACAUACUGUGGAUGUUUGGACCUCAAGAGACUCGUAUAGCUGAAUUAUAUAAGCAAAGCAUUGAUAUGUUUGAUAGUAACAAGAUAUUUGGAGACCAGAGACUUUUACUGGACACGCAGACUGGAUCUCUCACCAUCAGAAACAUCACAAUUACACACAUUGGACUUUAUAAACUACAGAUUCGAAGUGACAGAGGAAACUCAGAUAAGAGAUUCAGUGUUACUGUCUAUGCUCCUUUGCCCGUUCCUGUCAUCAUCAGAGACUCAUCACAAUGUCCUUCAUCAUCAUCAUCAUCAUCAUCAAGUUUAAAUUGUUCCUUGCUAUGUUCAGUAUUAAAUGUGACAGACGUGAGUCUCUCCUGGUAUAAAGAAAACAGUUUAUUGUCCAGCAUCAGUGUGUCUGAUCUCAACAUCAGUCUCUCUCUACCUCUGGAGGUUGAAUAUCAGGACAACAACACAUACAGAUGUGUACUCAACAAUACCAUCACAAACCAAACUCAACAUCUUAACAUCAAUGAUCUCUGUCAGAUGUGCUCAGACUCUGUGGAGUACAGUCAUCUGAAGGCCGUGAUGCUGUCAUUGGUUUCUGCUCUGGUGGGCGUGGCUGCUGUCGCUCUAUUGGUUUGUUAUGUCAGAUCCAAACAGAAGGCGAAAUUACAAACACACAUAUAUUCGAACUGGAAGCUGAAAAAUGUUAAAAAAUGACAUACGCCUAUUUUCCAGUACAGGAGCUGAAGAAGGCUUUGUGCAAACACCCCCUUUCUUGAAGUUACUGGUUUAACAUAAACUUGAAUUCUGUAUUUUGCCUAUAUAAAGUUAUAAUAUUCCAACGUAAGACCAGUUUAUGAAUUUCCAUGGCUUCCAAGUUUCCUCAAUGGAAUUUCCAAUAGGUCUAAUCCAAAUGAAUUAAACUGUUCUGAAUGCUAGGGGAAUGUUGUGCAAUCUACUUUGCCUUUAGGUGGCAUUGUUAUCUUAGAUCAAAAGCGACAAGCACAUUUACAAAAAUUUGCAAAUGAAAAUAAAUGACACACCAAGGGUUAAAUCUGAUUGGAGUUUCCUUGUCAGAGGUGUACACUGAAAGAAGGCCUGGCUUUGUCAGGCAAGUUUUGUUUUUCUAUUAAGUAUUCUGCCAUUGACGGGAUAUGCUAACAGAAAAAAACAGCUUAUCAUUUUAUUGAUAAUGUACUUAUUAAUUUUUAGCUAACCUAAGUAAUUUUUUUUACCCAAAAAAUGUAAAGCACUCUUUAGCUCUCAAAGAAAUCAUUUUAUAUUUUGAAAAUCCUGACCUUUUUGCUCUUGAAUGUUGUCAACUAUG